AUGGGGAAAUCAAUGCCCAUCAAUUUUGCUUUGUUCCGCCCACUUUUCGUGGCACUUCUUCUGUUCUUGCUGAAUCUGCUGCAUGGGGAGGUGUUGUUAGUGGAUCCUGACACAGACUUGGCUCUCUAUGUCAAUGGCCAGGAGUACUUCCCGGACGCUUCAGUCCCAGUGCUGCCUAUGAAUGGUGUGCGUAGGAUCAAUACUGGGGAAACGAACAUUAGGGUCUACAGGACUGCCCGAGACCUUACAACUGGCGACUUGCUGGCGCUGCACGUCAACACGAGGCGAUCGUCGGUAAUAAAUGUAACAGAUGCACUCGGGCGGAAGAUUGAGUAUCCCGCUCCGGUGGGGAUUGCCGUUACUGGAGAAUACGGCACGAUGAGCACGGAUGCCUUCAAGUGUUUCACGCAGAAGGAGGCGGAUGAUGAUGUCAAAACGCCCUUCCAGGAACUUGCAUUCAAUGACUCGCACUGGCCUUUCGCAUAUGAACAGGCAGCGGAUUGUUGCCCAUGGCGAGACCGCUUGAUGGCGUGGAACAGGAUUGGGGCUAAAUGGAUCGGACUGAACCCUGCCUUCUACGGUGGCAACAUUUCAGGACCCCGGCAAAUGUUCUGCAGAUACCGAGUACCUGGAGACACACUCGUCAGUCGGUUGCCUGUAGAAGAGACGCAGGGUUCCUCCGCAACAGCCCCGCAAGUUGAGAUACUGAAGGUUUCUGUGUCUGUUUCCUUGUCGAAGAUCGAAGUUCUGGUUGACCGUGUGGCCAACGUGUAUUGUGGGGUGAUCGAUGGGAGGUACGUGUUGCGCGUCCCCACUCAUAACGAGCUGAAGAGCUGGGGCAUCCCCAUGCUGGAUGUUCAAGGAUCUGCGUUUGGCUAUGAGACCAUCGGCGACACUGAGUUUACCAGAGAGGACAUUGACCAUCCUGCAAUGGAGCGUCAUACUGUGCUUGAUCUGGAAGAGUGUGAACUAAUUUGCUCCAAUAUUCCUGAGUGUGCAGCCCUGACGUACUACUUCGUUGGUGUGGACUUCAUUACUGGCACCAACUGUAAACUCAUGAAUGCCACCUUCAACGCUUCAUUGAGGCUUGAAGAAAGCCAGUCAUCCGAAUUUCAGCUUCGUCAAAGAGUAAUUGUUCCUCAGAUCAGCAUCCUCACCUAUGCUGGCAUGCUACUUCCCGGAACGCUUUACAACACUUAUUGCAGUGCAGAAGAUCCGGUCACUGGGGAGCACAUGAACCUCUCCGCUGUCGCAGCAACCCUUGUCACAGAGCGGACGCAGGGUUGCACAGACUGUGGGAGCACGGACCCCCCGGCUGUGCAGAUCCUGGGAGGCUGGGCGAAGAAGGAUUCAGUGGGGAUCGUCGCAAUCGCGAGCCGAUCCGGUCGCAUCUUUUGCUUCGCCCGGGAGCACCCGCCAGGCAGCGCUUUCGCACAGAUAGAGGCGCAGGAAAUUCAGGAUGCAGGCUUCUCGAACCUGGCAACGGUUGGAGGUCAGACCCUUGCCGUGAUCAUCACAGGCUUGAGCCCCGAGAUACAAUACCAGAUCACUUGCGUCGCCGAGGCAGAUGGGGGCCUCCUAAGCGUGCAGGAUCAGAUCGACUCCACCCGCCGACUGCUAAACACCUCAUCUACGGAGGUCACCAUCAACAGCAUGGAGAUCACGCGCCAGGAGUCACUAGCCAAUGAGCUCUUCGAUGCGAUGACAGUGAGGAGUCAAGUCACACGGCUUGGCUAUAUGUGGUGCCAAGUGUUCCCGCAGGAGAACGUGAUCCUCUAUGGUGUUCCCGAGGUUGACGAACUUGAGAAAAUCGGACUGCGCGCUAAAGUUUUCGAUCUGCAGCAAGAUGCGCAGUUGGAGUUUGACGGGUUGGACAAGAACAGUUCCUUUGAGGUUUGGUGCACCGCGAGGUAUGAUGAUUUUCGAAACGAGACAGAUGCAGAUCUGAUUAUAACGCCUUACCCCAUCGCAAUAAUUCGAUCUGCCGUGCUCGAUUACAAUUCAAUUUCUCUCACGGUAAGCCUCAGCAAGAGCCCGGCUCAUCUUUUUUGCGAUGCGCUUCCAUGGGCUUUGAGGCCAACCACAGAGAGGCCUUCGGCUCCAAAUGUGGAUCAACUAGCAGCCUCGCCAUACAACACGGUGCUUUUUCUUGAUGGUGAAAGUGGAACCAUCACGAUGGAGAUCGCACCGUUGGUGUCUGGCUUUCGCUAUGAUGUCUACUGCUAUGCAGAGUUUUAUCGGCCUCCGCCACCGCCGGGGGCCAUUGCACCACCCAGGCAGGGAAUGACUAUCUUCGACAUCAUCGAGACAAGGUAUGCCAUUCACAUGCCUGGACCGCUGUUCGAUGAGUUGGGAUGGGAGUGUGUCUCUGGUCGUGCCUGUAGCGUUGAUCAUAUCCUCGGCAUUGGACUCACCGAGACCGACCAACUCAUCGUUCGAGCAGACGCUUGCCCCGGACGCUGCCGUUGCGCAGGCGUUGUGGAUGCAAAUCGCAAAGGAGGCUUUUGCUCAGAGAUCUCCCAGGAUCCUCUCGUUGUGAAUGGUAUUGGGAUUGAGGACAAGCAGGAUCCUCGAGGUGCUUGGUGCUACGUGCGUGCUGGCACUUGCGAGGAUGAGGAGCCGUCCGUUGUUUUUCCAAAUAUGAUCUUGUCCUACAAGGUGUGCACAUACAACUUGCCAGUUUCAGAAAAUCAAGGCACACCGGGGUUCCCAAAUGGAGGAUUGGCAUCCGUUCGCCGACACAGCAGUGGCCGAGCUUUCGACUUCAGUCUGGAGCGUUUGAUAGUUCCUGGUCGAAGCUACGACCUUUGUUGGUGCAAUGGCACGGAGUCUUCCUGCAAACUUGGUGCUGAUUUUCAUGUCCGCAUCGGCGCGCUGCACAUGUCAGGGCCAUCGUCCCAGCAGAUGGCUGCCAAUAUGUCCUGCAGGGUUGGCCUGCCGUGCAUCCUGAGUUUCUUUAAUGGCCAUGCUGUGGAAGAUGGAUCCCGCCUCGUGGCCUUGCCGGAGGACCCGCGUGGAUGCCGGUGGGAACGCGCUUCAUUGGCCGAUCCGCCAGGCAUACCCGACUUCCCCAACCUUGGAGUGUCUGAGACCUACAGAAGAAGCCAACGCAGAUACGUCUUCGGCUCUGUGCCUUUGGUCAUUCCCGGGGGCGUCUACAACCUGUGCUGGUGUGGCCCUCCUGCGCGUACCUGGUCAAUCGCGCCGGGGCAGGACUACCGAAUACCCAAUGGCAUUGUUCCGCCGCCAUGCCCAGAUAUCAGAGCAGAUGCCGGAGGUGAGUUUCUGACACCAGCAGGAAAGCUACUUGUGAUAGGCCCAGAACCCUUCGGCACCGUCUCAUGUCGAUUGGGCUCGGAGUGUGUGACGCCGUUGGUUCAGGGAUUGGGACUCCAGGGCAGCGAUCGCUUGGUGGCCGCCAGCCGGUGCGGAGAGGCGUCGCGUCCACCGACUGGCUGGAGUGAUGGAGCAGCGAGUCUAUCGGAUCCCUGGGUUAGUGCAGGCUGGGCGGUCUCUGAAGGGUUUUCACCCCAAGAGCUUGAGGCAUUCGGCAUUCAGCCGUCCAGCACGCAGCUAAGUCGCGUUCAUGGUUCCUCGGGUUUCAACACGAGCAAUCGUGGGGCCUACGGCUUCCCAAAUUAUGGCAUGACCGUGCCACAUGCCACUCCUGGAUAUUUUACAUGGGGUGGACCGAUUUGGGCAUUCGCCGGGACCUAUAUUUUGUGCUGGUGUGGUGCUGAGGCUACGGUGGAUGGAUGUGAGUCGCCGAGGGACUUCCUUGCACCUGUGGGUUUAGUCGAAGUUUCCGGUCCCGGUGUUUUGCCCUUUGCAGCGCAGAUGUUCACAUGCGUGCGCCAACGGCAAUGCGAGCUGAGCAAUCUUCAAGGGACGCAGCCACCUACCAGUCGACUCAUGGUUGCUGCUGGUGCCUGUGCAGGUCCAGCCGCGGAGGGAUUCCCUCGACAAGGUCAAUCAUUGCCUUCCGUGGAGGGCACUACUUACUCGUGGGGCUCAGAGCGUGUCAUGGCACACCCACGCAAGUACUAUUUGUGUUGGUGCUCCGUCAUCAGCAACUGCGAAGGUUACCAGAGUUUCGAAAGCUAUGCUGGGGUCCUGCAAGUGAAGGCACCGACGGCCUCCCCGACCCGGUUCUUUUGCCCGCUCGCAUCUGUGUGCAAUAUUACGGGCAUUUCCGGAGAAGGGCUUAGCAAUAGAGACACUGUCAUGAUCCUUGUGAAGUGCGGAGAAGCUGUCACCGACGCGGAGAACUUCCGAGAUGGUUCUGUCUCGCUGGCAACCUUUGAUGAUGGAGGAACUUUCAUGUUGCCUGCUGCUCAAAGAGCCGGUCUGUACCAAGUUUGCUGGUGCGCUGCUGAACAAGUCUGCCUGAAUGGCCGCGAUUAUGGAACCACUUUGGGCCGGCUGGAAAUCGGAGGACCGGAGGACUCAGUGACAUACCGUUGCUUUGAGUGGGAGCCUUGUGUCAUUGAGGAGCUGGAAGGACGUUCGCUGUCAAACGGAGAUCGUCUGCUCGUGGUUCCCGAUGGAACUGACUGCUACACAGCCGGUCCGGAACUGCGACUUGCAAAUUUUCCGAACAAUGCAGCGUCCCUGCCCGCAACGGAGGGUGGGAGGCGGUUUUCCUGGGGGAGCGGCUUGGUGAGGGCUGACCCCGGGGUCUACGCACUGUGCUGGUGUCACGCGCCGUACGCAUUCAACGGCACCUGUUCCGAAGAUGGCCCUUUCAACAUUCCUGGCGGUGUUUUGCGGAUUGGUGAUAGCAAAGAGUUUCAGUAUGUGACCCGGCCAGAGGACAAUCCUCCCAGGGAAGGCGACCAGGGUGUGGCCUACUUGCUGGCCAUUCCCCUUCCUCUGCUGUUCUUUGCCGCGAUCUGUCUGGGGGUGAAAAAGUUGAUAGGCCGCAAAAUGAGAGAACAGGAUGAGGCACCCAACCCGUGGGCCGUAAAGACCGACGACAUAAGCUCAAUGCAGCAGCAGCGAUCUAAGCUCGGUGGAGAGGUGAUGGAAGUGUCCCAAACCCGCUCCCAGAUCCAGCGGCUCUCCGAGAACAGGGCCAGGCAGGAGCACCAACCCGGACCAAGGGAUGCCCUACUGGCCUUAUACAACAUGGUUCUCAACCACUCCCGGCUCUCCCGAAAGAAGCCGAAGCUGAAACGCAUGGGCCCUCAACCGAAUUUGACGCCCUCGAAGAGUUUGCGCAGCCUGGCAACCAGCACGACGGACGAUUCGGUGAGGCAAGGACUUGAAGUCCGGCAGAUGGAUGACAUCGUAAGCUCCGACGAUGAAAUCUUUGCAAGCAAGAAGCCAAAGGCACCCCCGAAAACGGCACCAAAGCCGCCAAGUCUUGAGUUUCUGAGCGUGCACGAUCCUCGUGUACUGCACAUUUUGGAUCAAGACUCCAAAGAGCCCCACACCUUGGUGUCUUACGAUCUCGACUAA